GUGAAACAUAAUUCUAAUGGUUGUUAGUUAUGGUCGGUCGGAGUUAUUUAAUAAAUUCCUUAUAUUUAUUAAGCACAUUGCGGAAACCGACCUUGAGUGUCAUAAAAACAAAUAAUACAUUAGUGUAAAAAACUAAAAAACACGCUAGUCAUGUAUGAAGACCGGGGGUCAAAUUAAGACUCUGAUGCCCAUUUUCACCAACAAUCUCUUAUUCUAAGUGCCACUUAGAAUAAGGGCUCUCCCAAUUUUGACAUAAAUGACUAUGGAUAAGGGAUACCUAAACUUUGGUGAAAACGAAAUUCUUAUUAAGUGUUCCGUAAAUGCUCUUAGGGGAUCCCUUAAUUUAAGUAUUUGUUGGUGAAAAUGGGCAUGAGAUUUUCUUACAUAGAUAGUUACAAGUGAAGCUGAUAAGCGUGUCAAAAAAGUUAUAAACGUGUACAGUCAACUUCAGAACAUUUUGGCUUCUCACUAUUAUUGCGAGUCUCAUGAUGUGUGGGUAUUUGAUUGAAGAUGUAUGGACGAAGUGGCAGACCAGUCCCGUCAUAGUAACUGUGAGCGAGCAACUUGUUCCUGUUAUACAGGUGCCUUUGCCGUCAAUUACAAUUUGUCCUCAAGCAAAAUGUAAGUUGUCGGUUUAUAACUACAGCAGUGUAGUGGACGAUUAUGAAAGUGGCCGGUAUUCUAAAACACCCCUGGAAGAAAGGUAUAAGUGGUCGGGAAUUACUCUACUUUGUCCCAAAAAUAUGCGUGCUGGACCCAGGACUUCUAGGAGACAAAACUCUACUACAAUGAAACAAAUAAAUGAGGUAGCCUUAGACUACAGGGACGUCUUUAAAUUAUGCAAUAUAAACGACGAUUAUGCGGACUGUAGAGAACUGUUUUCGAAAGUGCUGACAGCUUCAGGAGUCUGUUUUACAAUGAAUGUGUUAGCAGCCGAGGAGAUACUACACGUGGAAAAAUUACAGCAAGAUUUCACAUAUUUGAGUUCAACAAGACCCUCGCAGAAUUGGUCGAUUGAACGCGGAUAUCUGAGUGGAUUCGAUUCUAAAGAAGUUUACCCUAUUCGAGGAUUGGCAUCUGAUACUAGAGCAACAGUGAGCAUAAAGUUUAAGCAAAGAUUGGACGACCACGAUGGUCUAUGCCACGGCCCAUCUCCAGGGUUCCAGGUAUGUGGGGAUAAAGAGGUGCACGUGCAGCACCCGGCGGAGUGGCCGCAGACCUCGCUAUACACGCAGACCAUUAACGUCAACGAGCAAGCUGUGCUGGCGCUCAGCUUCAGUAUAAUGAACACUUCGGAGGCAUUGAGGAGUUACCGUCCAGAAUUACGACAAUGCUAUUUUCCUGGGGAACGUCAGUUAAAGUACUUUAAAAUAUACACAGCUAAGAAUUGUAGAGCGGAAUGUUUGGCAAACAUUACUUUAGAGUGUUGCAAAUGUGUUCCAUUUUAUCUGCCUCAUAACGACAGUGACCAGAUUUGUGGAGUAGCAUACAAACUGUGUACAGAAUCAGCGGAAGAAAAAAUGGCACAACGCGAAGCCAAUGUCGACGCGCCGGAUAGAUGCAAAUGCCUCGAAUCGUGCAAUUCAAUAACAUACGACUCACAACUCAUAAGAACUGGUCGUUACCAAGAUACCUGGAAUCCUUCACUUCAAGGCAAUAACUUUUAUGAAACAUUACCUCAAAAUCUAUCGGGGGUCCAUUAUUCAGAGCUGAAGGUAUUCUACAAGAGCCCGCAGUUCAUAUCGAUGCGUCGCUCGGAGUUGUUCGGCGUUACUGACUUCCUCGCCAACUGUGGUGGUCUACUGGGCUUGUUCCUGGGCUUCUCAUUCUUGAGCCUGGUGGAAAUCAUAUACUUCUUCACACUCAGGCUCUGCUGUGCAUUAAGAAAGGAUCUAAAACAACAGAGAACAAACUCCAUGGAGAAAAAUGAAGGUCAUGAAUUAACUGAAGAGUGUUUGCCAUCGGUUUGUGAAAAAACUCCAAAUUAUCGUAUUGACUAGAAUAAUAUUUUUUAUGUGUAACUUUUAGUAAAUAAUUAUUUUAUUAGUUAUUCAAGUUUAGGCUUAAAGUGUUAUUUUUAUUCUUGUCUAGUCCCAUGUGCCUAUUAAUUUUAUCUUGAUUAAAUAAAUGUGCUUAUAAAGUA